AUGACAUUGACGGCUUUAAAAAGCUGCGGCGAAUGGGACGUUGCUGCGAGGACAUUUUCGGAGCUCCCUGGCACCUUUGAGAAGAUGGUCAUGAACUACCUUAACAUCUUGUGGCCGCACUUGUAUGGGUUGUUCGUCGAGUCGCACGCCGAGCGUGAUACCAUGAAGCGGCUGCAGCUCACGGACCACGUCUUCAAAGAAUACCCGUGCGCUCGAUACGCUACCGAUGUCACGUUUCAGAUGAUGAGCAUGCCCUCCGGAACGCGAAAAGAACGGGCUGACUACUACAGCGCAAAUCACAAGCAGCACGGGUUCAAGGUGGAAGUGUCCGUACUGCCAAACGGCAUGGCACUCAACUGA